AUGCUCGGCGGUGAAGGAGAGAGCAGCACUUUCUCUUCCACUAAGGAGGCAUCGGAUGAGAGGCGCAAGUCUCCAUCUGUGGAAGGGGAUGAUGUGACCGCCCGCAGCAGGUACCCGGAGCACGGGGUGGGUGCCGAGCGCUACUACAUCCCUCCAUCAGUGUCCAAACAAAGCCCGGAGACCUCCAGCCCCUGCUCCUUCAUCCCCUACACCCCCGGUGGGCCGGUUUACACCCCGCCCGGCGCAGGCAGGUACCCCUCGUCCCUCCACCUGGGCUCCGUGCUGCCUCCCGGGGGGUUCUCUCCCUCCGCGCCCGGCCGCAGUCACUUCAGCUCGGCGUACCAGCUCGGGCAGAGCCCCGGCUGCAUCUACCCGCCGUACCCCGGCUCGGGUUCGGCUCUCAGCAACAUGACCCUCCCGAGCACCGGCCCCGGUAUGAGGGCCCAGGUCUACCUCUGCAACCGGCCGCUGUGGUUCAAGUUCCACCGGCACCAGACGGAGAUGAUCAUCACCAAGCAGGGCAGACGGAUGUUCCCGUUCCUCAGCUUUAACAUCGCUGGUCUCAACCUGUCGGCGCAUUACAACGUGUUCGUGGAGGUGGUGCUGGCGGAUCCGAACCACUGGAGGUUCCAAGGUGGCAAGUGGGUCACCUGUGGGAAGGCGGACAACAGCAGCCAAGGGAACAAAGUGUAUAUCCACCCAGAGUCUCCAAACACAGGGGCCCACUGGAUGAGACAAGAAAUCUCCUUCAGCAAACUGAAACUCACCAACAACAAAGGAACCAGUCACAGUACUUCACAGAUGGUUAUCAUGCAGUCGCUGCAUAAGUACCAGCCCAGGCUUCACAUCGUGGAAGUGACGGAGGACGGAGCGGAGGACGUCAACACUGACGGGAAAACUCAGAGCUUCACUUUUCCAGAGACGCAGUUUAUAGCUGUCACAGCCUACCAGAACACUGACAUCACACAGCUGAAGAUUGAUCACAACCCUUUUGCCAAAGGAUUCAGAGAUAAUUAUGAUUCGAUGUACACAGUUCCAGAGAACGACCGCCUCACCCCAUCUCCAACCGACUCUCCACGUGCCCACCAGAUUGUCCCAGGCGCCCGCUACACCAUGCAGCCCCUCUUCCAGGACCAGUUUGUCAACAACCUCCCGCAGAAUCGCUUCUACAACAGCGAGCGAGCAGUGCCACAGACUAACAGCCUCCUCUCACCUCAGACUGAAGACGGAGCCUCGCAGAGGUGGUUUGUCACCUCCAUGCAACAAGGGGGAAACUGCACUGGCACCAGCAACAAGCUCGAUCUGACACCUUAUGAUGGUGAAUACUCGAGCGCCUUGCUUCCUUAUGGUAUCAAAUCACUCUCCAUGCAGACCUCCCACGCUCUCGGCUACUACCCGGACUCUCCUUUCAACGCCAUGUCUGCAGGGUGGGGGUCCAGGGCAGCAUAUCAGCGAAAGGUCACCACGGGUCUGCCUUGGUCUCCCAGACCCAGCCCCACUGCUGGUUUGCUAGAAGACUCAGACAAAGUUAAACAGUUACAGAUAGAGGAGGGCGUGAACGACGGCGGAGGCCUGAUCUCCUCUUGGACGGAGACACAGUCAUUAGCUCUUUCCCUCGACAAGGCUGAUUCUUACGCCAUGGCCUGCAAACGAAGGCGUUUGUCUCUCAAUGGUCUGAGCACCGAGGAUUCAACCUCUGACAUUAAGUGUGAGGACUUGGCCUCAGCUACCACCAACAGUAGCUCCUAUGGCAAGGACCCCCCCUCAUCCAAAGCCAUGGCAGCUUAUUAUUCCUUUUACACAAACCCUUAAAAAUAUGGCCUCAUGUUGUUGUUUUGGUCGUUCUUC